UCGAUCUCGAGCGCGCGAGUAAACGUGUACAUACCUACUUAGCUGCAAGGCAGUGAUCGUUAUAUUAUUGGUAAGGUAUCCUACGAGGGAGAAUUGCAAGUGAGAGAUGAGAGGAGUCCACUUCCUGAUUCUCCUGCUGUCGCUGUCGCUGAUAAUCGACUCGUCGAGCGCAGGAUGGAAGUUCUGGAAGAAUAAAAAAGACAAGGACAACAAGGACGAGCCAGUGUCGCCGGAUGCCGCGAGCUCGCCCGAGACCAGCUCCACCACGACGACAACCACGACCACAACCACGACCGCAGCUCCGUCCUCGACGACCUCCUCGUCAGGAUGGAAGUUCUGGCAGAAAAAGAAGAAUGACGAGUCCUCGAGCACGGCCGCGCCGAAAUCAACGACCACCAGAGCCACACCAACGCCGAAAGGCAGAACCACCAGCGCGACUCCGGCCAGCGCCAACAAGGGCAUAGCCUCGGCCGCGGACCCAGCCCUGGCCAUCGGCGUCGGCAGCGUCGGUGGAAAGAUACGCGAGGACGCCAACAACCAGCCGCGCAAGCUCAACCCCGGCGAGCCCAACAAACCCAGCCGUCCCGGCACCCACAAAGACUGGGCGGCCGACUUUGCCGGCGCCGAGCGAGGCGGACCACCUCCCAAAGUGCCCGCCCAGGCACCCGAUGCACACGCUGGUAGCCGGCCGGCUUCCGUCCCGGGAACACCGGCAGCUGCAGUGACUCACCAGCAGUCGACUCCGGCGCCCGGUGAUAAAAGACCGCUUCCAGCCAAGCCCGUGACUGCCCAGUCGAGCACCACCCACAGACCGACACUCGCGCCCGUUUCGAUAGCCAAACCGACCCUUGCCCCAGUGGCACCAUCCUCCACGGCUAAACCUACCGGCACGAGAACCUGGGCCGACGUGGCUGGCGGUGGUAAAAGCCCCAGCUCGACUCCAACUAAACCUGCCCACGGACCGUUUGAGUACCCGCAUCCCGGGAACAAGCCUGGCGACCAGCCGACAACGGCCAAGCCAUCGGGACUGUCACCAGGUGCGGUGGUAGCCGCGGGUGGUGCGGCCGCGGCGGCGGGGACGAUAGAGGCCAACGCCGGCAAAUCGACAUACCAGAUGAAUCCGGUGUACAGCAAGGGUAUCGGAGUCACCGACGAGGACCUGGAGAAGCUCUCCGAGGCUCUCUUCCUGAGGGACGUGAACAACGCUUACAAGUACAUCACCCUCAACUUGCAGAAAAAAACCAAGAGCAGCAACCCCAAGGACGAGGCUCCCGAGCCGCUUCUCACGGUAAAGCCGGAGGCCCUCAAGAUCCCGACGAUAGAGCGCGUGCUGUCGAUCUACGACAACUACAAACUGAACACGAAGGAGAACGAGGUGAUAAGUCCCCUGCAGCGCGAGGAGGAGAAGAACCUGGUCGACACGUUCCUCAGCACUAACGUCAUGAGCCACGCGAUGCGCUUCCUCGCGGACAAGGGCUUUGUCCAGAAGAACCACUACGUGUACCACGACAUACUUCGCCAAUUGUGGUUCAAUCUGUACUCGAGGGGCGGUGGAUUGAGGACCAGCACGGGCUUCGAGCACGUCUUCCUCACCGAGCUUAAGCUGGGCACCGAGGUAUCCGGGCUGCACAACUGGAUUUACUUCAACGCCCAGGAGCUCAACAAGAAACUCGACUACCUCGGCUACAUCAAGAAGAUCGACCUUGGUGACAAAGCGGCAAUUGUGAAACUGCACAUGAGGUACGACGGCAUCGAUAAGCCGGUGACCAACAUUUUCGUGGGCACCUCGCCGGAGCUCGAAAUGGCCCUCUACACCAUAUGCUUUUACGCGAGGCCCGACACGCUGUGUCCUGUCUCCCUUGGCGGCACCAAGUUCAACAUCAUCACCCACAAGUUCACCUACAGGAGCCGCGCCCACAUUGGCUCGGCAUAUCCAAACAUCUAAGCUACACUAUACCAUGUGCACAAUAAUUAAGACCGUGAUUUUUUUUUAUUUUUAUUUUUUUUUUUUUUCGAUCUCUCGACGCUUUGGUGAUGGAUCAAAGGAAAAAUACUGUAUUUAAAAAUCAUAAAAUUAUCCAAUUACGUGAGAAAAAUUGAGCGCAAAAAAAAGGGUGUCUUUCUGUUUUGGAGUACACGCGAUGCUGUUGUCAAUAAAUAGCAACUGUGAUCUAAUGGAGAUUAUUACCAAUAAAA